UCGGAAAAAGUAAAGGUUAGUCCUUGAGCUUCAUCACAGGGCGUCCGACUUCAUCAUACAAUCUACUUUUUGGCGUUCCAGACGAAAAUAAAGGAGAGGCAUUCAAGUUAUAAGAUGAAGUUACUUUUCGUCAUUACCUUUUUCCUCUGCAUUUCUGUUGGAUACGGCUUGAAGUGUUACAAAUGUUUGACCACCAAAGGCUGGGAUGACUGCAAGGACAUCAAAACAGAAAUGGAUUGUCCUGCCGGAUACGAUCGCUGCUUCAAAGGAUCUGCACACGUAAAAGAUGAAGGUGCAUCCGUUGAAGAAUAUGGCAAAGGCUGUAUGACUAAAGAAGCUUGCGAUACUGACCUGAGCACAAUCGGCUUCUGUAAAGGCAAGGGAAAGUGUAAUCUGGAUUGUUGCUCCGGUGACCUGUGUAACGUUGCCACACUACAGAAAGUCAGUGCUACUGCUCUUAUCGCAUGCACUUUAAUGGCUUUGCUGUAUUAGAAUGAAAAGAUGCAGUUUUCAUAGUUGUUGUUGAACUUUGUAGCUAUAGACAGAAACUAAAGCAGCUGUUAUUAAUAUCUUUUCCAAUGUUUCAUUUUUUUAAACAUCGCAAGCAAUACUUUAACCAAGCCUAAGAAACAGAUUAUUUUGAAAAGCUGUUUAAUGUUU